GCAAUCAAGAGCAGCACUGCGUAGACCGCCACCUGACGACACGGGGUUUGUGUGUUUCUGCCGAUGGAUCGUCCAGGCACGCUAGCAGGGCUGAUUGGUGCGCAGACCAGUGCCAUGCUGACCGACAUGUUCCAAGCUCCUUCAUCAAGUGAUGACCCGCGGGCCUGUCAGCCAGCCAGCUGGACGAGAUGCGGCGAGCUUCGCCAUUGUGCGCAGCAUAAUCUCACGUUGGCGCGACCGGAUUUUAGUGGUGGUUGUUGACGCGUCACACGUUGCGCGCCACUGGAUGAAUGGUCUAGACGCUAAUCCCCGAGUCGCCACCGAGUCGCCACACGCUGCUAGCAGUGGCAAGACAGAAGCUAUAUAAGUAUGGGUGCUCCGAAUUCUUCGUCAGAGUAGUGCAAUUGUAAGAAAGGACGCACAACAUGAGCAGACUGAACGGUAAGACGGCCGUGAUCACUGGCGGCGCCACUGGCAUCGGGCUCGCCGCAGCCAAGCGCUUCAUCGACGAGGGCGCCUUUGUCUUUCUCUUUGCCCGCCGGCAGGACAAGCUCGACGCUGCAGUGGCCGAGCUCGGGCCCAAUGCCCGCGCAGUCAAGGGCUCCGUCUCGGAUCUGGCCGACCUGGACCGGCUGUACGCGACGGUCAAGGCCGAGCGCGGCACCGUUGACAUCGUCUUUGCCAAUGCUGGGGCUGGAAGCCAGCUUGCGCUUGGCAAGAUCACGCCCGAGCACAUCGAUGAAACCUUUGACACCAACAUAAAGGGCUCGAUCUUCACUGCCCAGAAGGCGCUGCCGCUCAUGGGCAAGGGCGGCUCGAUCAUCCUGACUGGGUCGAGCGCCGGCACCACUGGCGCGCCGGCCAUGAGCGCCUACAGUGCGAGCAAGGCGGGCGUGCGCAACCUCGCGAAGACCUGGGCCGAGGACCUCAAGGGCACCGGCAUCCGUGUGAACGUGCUGUCGCCCGCGUCGACUUUGACGGACCUCGCCAAGGAAGCGCUCGGCGAGGAGGGCGUGAAGACGUUUGGAGCGAUGAACCCGCUCCAGCGCAUGGCGGAUCCGGCCGAGAUUGGAGCAGCGGCGGCCUUUCUCGCGUCGCCGGACAGCAGCUACAUGACCGCUAGCGAGCUCGCCGUCGACGGCGGCCUUGCGCAGCUCUGACGUGCGACGUCCGGCCGGGUGCUACCAUCGAUCAUUCGGAGCGCUGCAAGGCUCUGCUCCAGGAAAGACUUUCACUCUGUCCACAGCUACCGUACGAGAGCGGGAAAGGUCGAUUUCUCAAAAAGCAAGGGCUAGAGCUCUUUCUUGCCCAGUCCAGACCUUUCCUAUCAGCGAAAGGGACUAAAUUUCUAAGCGGAGAUAAUGUCAGAAAGUCCUCCUC